CCUGUUUCCGCAUUCCGCCAUUCCGCCUUCUGCUGCUGGGGUUUUAGACAAAAAUCACUCGUCCCAUUUCUCGCGUCCCCAGGCCACGGUCGCGAGCAAGGCUACCCCACUGUCUCGAUCCACCGAUUUCCCUCCCUCUUCUGUGCCUCCACGGAUCUUCUCGUUGUGGAAGCGGAGGCGGACGCUGGAGGCGUCUCGGCGCGAGGAUUUGCGAGCUGCUGCGGUGGUGGGAAAUGAGGAUCUGCGAAUCGGGAGACGGUGACGACGUUGCGGGCCUGGUGUUUCAGCAAGAGCAGCAGGAGGAGGUCCAGGCGAGCGGCGAGCUCGUACGGCUUAAGGCGAAGCACGCGCUCGUCGGCGCCGGCGCGAGGGUGCUGUUCUACCCGACGCUGCUCUACAACGUCUUGCGCAACCGGUUCGAGGCGGACUUCCGGUGGUGGGAUCGCGUCGACCAGUUUAUUUUGCUGGGCGCUGUUCCUUUCCCAAGUGAUGUUCCACGGUUGAAGCAGCUUGGAGUUCAAGGGGUUGUAACGUUGAAUGAACCUUAUGAAACUCUUGUCCCAACAUCUUUAUACCAGGCUAAUGAGAUUGAGCACCUGGUAAUUCCAACAAGAGAUUACCUCUUUGCACCUUCAUUCGAGGAUAUUUCUCAAGCCAUAGAUUUCAUCCAUCGGAAUGCAUCACAAGGCGGUACUACAUAUGUUCAUUGUAAAGCUGGAAGAGGACGAAGCACCACUAUUGUAUUGUGCUACUUGAUUAAAUACAGGAACAUGACCCCUGAAGCAGCUUUGGAUCAUGUACGAUCCAUUAGGCCUCGAGUGCUUUUGGCACCCUCGCAGUGGCAUGCUGUUAAUUCAUUUGGAGCUCUCACCGGUGGACAACUUCCAGUACGGAGUACAAACCUGGCCUGUUUCCUAGAAGCCAUUGAAGCUGGCUGUACGAACACAACAGGAAAUGAUGAUUACCACGUGAUGGAGUUUGACUGCGAAGAUAGUGGCUUACCACUUUAUCAAAUUAUGCUACCUAGGCCAGCCAGCCCCACUGGGUCUGGGUGCACCGAUGCAGUCCUCGUAACAGAAGCAGAUCUUGAGGGCUAUGAUACUUAUAUUGGUACCAGGAAAGAUGCGGUGUCGUUGGAAGUAGCCACUCGCAGUCCCAUCAUGAGGAGAUUGUCCUGCCUCUUUGGCUCCCUCAAACUUAGUAACAGCAACUGUGAGCCAGCUUCAAGCCGGUUCACUGAGGUUCGCGCCUGCUAGGUAGGUAGUGUCUUCCUCCAGUUUUCCAUGCUGCAUCAAGAGUGUAUCUCUAGAUAGGCAGGCAAUCAUCCAAAAAGGAUUUGUAGAAGCCUGUGUUCAUUUCAUGGCCAUGGGGCAGUGCCAUCGGGAAGAAAGUUGUGUGCAUAGCCAGAGGGGUUGUUUAGUUUUCAUUAGAGUGUAGAGCUGUGAACGCGUCGAAUAUCCUUGUUUUUUCUUGAGAGCAUGUGAUUCAUUGCAAUUUGCAUCAUUGUUUACUUGAAAUAAAAUAAGUUUUCUUUCCAUC